UUUGUGUCAGUUUCGUUUAUAUAGUAUAGUACAAUAUCAUUGUAUAUCAAACUUAUCUGAAAAUAACUUAUUUCUAUUAAUUUAUUAAUAUUUUAUAAUAAAAAAUAAAAUAUUUAUCAACAAUGAACAAAACUGUGAUAUAUCCAUUACCUCAAGAUAUUUUACCACAGUCUUGGUUCCAAGAUGAGCGUAUGAAUGCUAUGUUUGCAGAAUUUCGGAGUCAUUCAGUCAAUUCACAAGACUGGAAUGCUAAAUAUCAAUUUUGGAAAGAAUUAAUUUUCAAAUGGUUGAGUUAUAACAAAAAAUGUCAAUUUUCAAUAAGUGAAUUAACAUUUGCUUUCAAACGAAAUGGCAUUAUUCCUCGGUGCUUAACAACAGUGAUUGAACAAUUGAUUAAAUCUAAUCAAAUUAUCACACAAGAUGAAUUUUAUCAUCAAUUAUACAAUUCAAAUGCAUCUUGGACAUCUUGGACUGUCAAUAUUUUUAUUAAAAAACCUUUCUUUUGGUCAUUAUCUAAAGUUAAAAAUAUUCUAAAUGUCAAUAAUCAUUCUAUUCACAAUAAUCCUGAUACUAUUAAAUAUAUACAUUAUGAAAUUAUUCAUGAAUUAGCUAAUGAUAUUUUAGAUUUUACAAAAGAGAAUGAUCCUAUAAUUUUAUCAUAUUAUCAAAUUUUACAAAGAUGUACAAAGGAAAAAAAUAUAGAUGAAAGUAACGCAAAAUUAGCAUUAACAUGGAUUAAUCGUAUGAAAAAUAAUAAUUUUAUUAUAAUCUUCGAUCAAAUAUCAUCGGAAUCUUUAUUAAAAAUAUCUUCCACAAAAGGAAUUGAAAAUUUAUCUAAAUAUGAAGAAGGACUAUUUCAAUUAACUCAAUGUGAAAAAAGUAUUUUGAAAACUAUUCAAAAUCUUGAAAUGGAAAAAAAUUCCGUUAUGACGGAAAUUCAAAAUUUAAUAAAAAAUAAUAAUGGUUUAAGCAUCGUUAACAUGACUGUUAAAACAUUAUUGAGAAAAAAAAAGCAAAUCGAAAGAAGAAUUGAAAAACAAACAGCAAUUUUUGAUAAUAUACAAGUUUUGAUCUCCAACAUUCAUGAUGCUAAAUCCAAUUCUGAAAUAUUUGAAACUUAUAAAAAGUCAACUGAAUUAUUAAAAAAUUUUAAAUUAUCUUCUCUGCAAGUUCAAAAUACUAUGGAUGACUUAUACGAGGUCGUUGAUGAAUUAAAUGAGACACAGCUUACCUUAUCUGAAUCAUGCCAACUAGAUGAAAGUAUCAAUUCAGAAUUGGAAGAGGAAUUCAAAAACUUAUUUAUAGAUACAUCUAAUAAACUUGUACAUACCGAAACUACUCCUCAAGUAGAAUCAUCGGAUAACAAUGAUCUCCAUUUCCCUCCAGUUCCAGAUACUUUAAUACCAUCACUUGUCAAGGAAAAAGAUAAAUCAUUAGCCCAAACAGAGUAAAUCCAAUCAAUUUAUUACUAACGUGUAUUAUAUUGACGACAAGAAGGUAUAUCUCUGUGAGUUUCAAGUUUAAAAAUAACAUCUUGAAUCCAUGAAAUAUGGCUGGAAAUUUUAGUAUACAGUGAAUAAAGAUCAUUAUCACAUGUACGGAGUCCUCCUCCUGAAACUUUAGAACCAAUUCCAACACUGACUAUGCCCCGAAGAUACCACAAUCCUCGAUCACUAAAUGCCAAACCACCCCCACUAUCACCAUCACAAACUGAUGAUCCUAAAACAACAGUUAUAAUCAUAUUAAAUGCUGUAUUGUAAAUAUUGUUUUUUAGUUAAAUAAUUAAUAUAAUAAUAACCAUUAACAUAGCCGGCACAAAACUUGUCGAUUGUUAUAAAUUUUUCUGCUUCUGAUGAUACACUUGCUGAUUUACAUUGAUUCAAGGGUACCACUGGGACACUUAAUGAUUGCAAAACUCCACUAGAUUGUCCAAAAUUUGUUCUUCCAAACCCCGCAACAAUGCCAAUUUUUCCAACAUCUAUUGCUGUUUGAUCAUUUGUAGUUGUGUCUAAACAAAUUGGUAUUAAAAAUGAUGUAAAUGUGAAAGGUUUAUCAACAUGUAAGAUUGCUAUAUCACGUGCAUAGUUUCCUUCAAGACCCAAAUAAUUACAAUUUAUGUAAAUUUUUUUUACCUGAAAUACAUAUAACGGUUUUUUAAUAAUAAUAAAAUACACCAAUAAA